AUGGGAUGUUUUGGGGAAAAGCGCACGAGCAGCUCCGCACCCAUGACAUGCAUCGUCAACGAUGCCCACCUCGGCAGGGAAGGUGUCUGCGGCAAGGUCGCGGCCGGGAAGCACUCCGUCUGUGCCACCCAUCUUUGCCAGUACCGGCCGUCCCCUAACGGACGGCGAUGCGGAAAGCUACCGCUCCGCCUGGCCUCGCGCCGCGUCUACACCGCCGCAGGCUGGUACCCCGACACAGCCGAAUCCGUCUACUGCAAGGAGCACGAGAAGUACAACUGCAUGGGCGUCAUCAGCGACACUAUGCGAUGCUCCGCAGCUAGGACCCCAGGGGAGGCCUACUGUCUCACACAUGCGGCUGUGAUGUGCAAGUGGGAGGCGGGGGACGGCAGGCUCUAUGUGACGUGCUAUAGCACGGCUGAGAACGAAGACGGCGUCGGAUGCCCCGAACCCAGAUGCCAGUCGAGUAUCUUCUGCUGGGGACAUCGAUGCCUCUGGAAGGCAGAUGAACACACACAAUGCAGCGAGGCCUGGUAUUCGAACACUCCUGGCGUCUGCCCCCAGCAUAUGUGCGUGAAACGAGGGUGCGAGAACCGAGCCCAGGACGGCAUCGACCGCUGUGUGGACCAUGUGUGCGCCUUCGUUCCGCCGCCGGACUGGCCGAGCGACUUUUUCCCCUGCUACCGCGAGCCCGUUGAAGGGCAGUCCUACUGCGAGUUCCAUGAUGGGUAUUUGUGGUACCAAGAACAGGUUUGGCUGGACGCCCAAGCAGGCGGCGGGUGGUACGGAUGA